AUGGGUAUCUUCGACUACGUCUCCGACCUCUACUCGUCCCUGUCCGUCCAGUCAUGCGAGGCUGAAGUUCAGGACGACCUCAAGUACGCUUCGGGCGACUUCAACUCGUCCAAGGACCAACAGAACGGCAUGGGCACGGCUCAGCAAACCCGUGGCGCCACCACCAAGGGCGGUGCCGAGGCCAACAAGCAGGACGCCAAGAAGCCCGAGCCCUCGAACGAGAAGGGUCACGUUGCUGGUGACGGCGGUGCUGGUUCUGGUCAGGUUGGCGCCGACAACGCUGGCCCCCACGGUGGCCCCGUCGGCAAGGCCGAUGAUGAUGAGGAUGAGGAGGAAGACGAGGACGAGGAGGAGGAGGAUGAGCCCGAAGACCCCAAGCCCAAGAUUGAGGAAGAGUGCGCCAAGUCAUCCGAGUGCGCUCCCUACAAGCACCACUACGACCACUGCGUCGAGCGCGUCACCAAGCAGCAGGAGGAGAACGGCAAGGCCGACGAGGACUGUGUUGAGGAAUUCUUCCACCUCGCCCACUGCGCAACCGCAUGCGCCGCCCCCAAGCUCUUCAAGCAGCUCCGAUAA